GUGAGGAGCAAUUUCGAUGCUUCGGAGCGAAGUAUCAAAAACAUGGCAAGCUUGAAGGAAAUCGUGUCUAUGUACCAAAAUUUGAAAAGAGAAUGGGACAAGAAACCUUCAAAUCUGGACAAGUGUGGGGAGCUACUGGGUCGCUUAAAGAUUGCUUUGACGGCCGUGUCAUUUUUACCAACAGAAGAUAGUGCUCCUUCAAAGCAAGAAUUGCUAGUGGCAAGAGAUAUUCUUGAAAUUGGAGCUCAGUGGGCCAUUGCGAAGAAGGAUAUUCCUGCCUUUGAAAGAUAUAUAGCACAGUUAAAAUGCUACUACAUGGACUACAAAGACAAUCUUCCAGAAUCCACCUACAAGUACCAGCUGCUAGGGUUAAAUCUCUUGUGUUUGUUAGCCCAAAACAGAUUGGCUGAGUUUCAUACAGAGCUGGAGUUGUUACCUGUGAAGGAAUUGCAAAGUAACAUUUAUAUCAAACACCCAGUAUCAAUGGAACAGUAUUUAAUGGAAGGGAGCUACAACAAAGUUUUUCUGGCAAGAGGAAAUGUGCCAGCAGAAGAUUACAACUUCUUCAUUGACAUAUUAUUAAACACAAUCAGAGAUGAAAUUGCAGGUUGUAUAGAAAAGGCUUACGAGAAGAUAGCUUUUAAUGAAGCAGCAAGGAUGCUGUUUUUUGAAUCUCAAAAACCAAUGAAAGAAUAUGCAUUACAGAAGGGCUGGACUGUUGGACCAGACAAUUUCUUUCACUUUCGCCAAGAGGAAAAGGAAGCAGAUGAUGUUAUUCCCGCCAAAUUACUUGCUGAACAAACGAUAGAAUAUGCCAGAGAAUUAGAAAUGAUAGUUUAGUUAUGUAAGACUGAUCACCUCAUCCAUAGUCCAAGAUUAUCUUUGGAAGCAAAAAAAAGUACAUGUAUUACUCAUAGUGAGUGAUGUAUCAUAAAUUCUGACUUCAAGGAUUUUGUUCGAAGGGAACAAAAAUUGCAGUUCUGUGAAUGUACAUACAUAUAAUAUCAGUCUUUUCUGUGAAUGAACUGAUUGAGAUGCUGCAUUGAGAAGCUGUUUAAACCAUGAAAGACUUUGGGUGUUCAGGUUACAGCCGAUUUAGGGAAUGUAGUGAAUGGUUGAAUGAAAGUGCUAAUAUGAAUAAAAAUAACUCAAAAGUCAUUAUUCUGCUUUCCAUCGUAACCCUUUUGUUAUAAAUUAUUGUCAUCUCAAUGUCUCUUAUAAUCAUCAAGGUAUUUAAAAGUUGUGAGAGGAACUUCCUUGUUGAAAUUCACAUUGAAGAUUACCACUUUGCUCCAAAGACAUUGUCACAUUCUGUAAAUAAAGGCUCAAAAUCAUAAA